AAAAUAAACCUUUCCAUUCAACCAUGACUCCCCAUUUUUAUCAAUGCAUAUUGUUCUCUUACAUUACAAUUUUCUUUCAACUGAUUUUCGUCACAUUAGCUCAAUAUGAUAACUAUAUCAUCCACAUGAACUUAUUAGCCAUGCCUAAAGCAUUUUCAAAUCAUCACACAUGGUAUCAAUCAACUCUUUCCUCUGCAUUAGAGAAUCCUCAACUCACAACAACCAAUAAUCACAACUCUCCGAUUUCUUCUAAGUUAAUUUACACCUACACACAUGCCAUGAAUGGUUUCAGUGCUAAUUUAUCACCAAAAGAACAUGAAUCUCUAAAAAAUUCACUGGGUUAUAUUUCAUCCAUAAAAGAUUUACACAUGAAACUAGACACAACACAUUCACCUCAAUUUCUUGGUCUUAAUCCCAACAUAGGAGCUUGGCAUGAUUCGAAUUUCGGUAAAGAUGUCAUCGUUGGUUUGAUUGACACAGGUAUUUGGCCAGAAAGUAAAAGCUUCAACGAUUAUGGAAUGACAAAAAUUCCUUCAAAAUGGAAAGGACAAUGUGAAAAUAGUAUUCAUUUCAACUCAUCACUUUGCAACAAGAAACUCAUUGGUGCUAAAUUCUUCAACAAAGGUAUAUUAGCAAAAUAUCCAAACGCCACCUUAGGAUUAAACUCCACACGUGACAAAGAAGGUCAUGGGACUCACACUUCAUCAACAGCAGCUGGAAGUAGAGUUGAUGAUGCUUCAUUCUUUGGUUAUGCAGCUGGAACAGCUUCAGGUAUAGCUUCGAAUUCACGUGUAGCAAUGUAUAAAGCUCUAUGGGAAGGUGGAUUGUUAUCCUCUGAUAUAAUAGCUGCAAUUGACGCUGCAAUAUCAGACGGUGUUGAUGUUCUUUCAAUAUCAUUUGGUCUUGAUGAGGUACCUUUGUACGAAGAUCCUAUAGCUAUAGCAACAUUUGCAGCUAUAGAAAAAGGUGUUUUUGUUACUACUUCAGCUGGAAAUGAGGGACCAACCCUUAAAAAAUUACACAAUGGAACACCUUGGGUUAUAACUGUGGCUGCUGGUACUAUGGAUAGGGAUUUUCAAGGGACACUUACACUUGGAAAUGGUAACAAAAUCAUAGGAAUUUCUCUUUAUAUAGGAACAUUCCCUACACAUAAUGUUCCUAUUGUUUUCAUGGGUUCAUGUGACAAUGUUAAGGAAUUGGAAAAAGUGAAGAGAAAGAUUGUUGUAUGUGAAGAGAAGAAUGGAACUAGCAUUUUUGAUCAAGUCGAUUAUUUGGAUGCAGCAAAUGUUUUUGGAGCCGUUUUGAUUUCAAAUUCCUCAGAAACAUACUAUUCACAGAAUACUUUUGCAACCAUCAUUGUCGAUCCAAUAAAUGGCGAAAUUUUAAAAGCUUAUAUCAAGAGUUACAAUUCUAAACACUCUACUUCAAUAGCAAGCAUGUCUUUCAUGAGAACAGGUUUUGGUGUUAAGCCGACACCUAGUGUUGAUUCUUAUAGUUCAAGAGGCCCAUCAUUUAGUUGUCCAUUUGUGUUGAAACCUGAUAUUACUGCGCCCGGUACUUCAAUCUUAGCGGCAUGGCCUACAAAUGUUCCUGUGUUGGAAUUGAAGUCUCAUAAGUUUUUCGGCGAAUUCAAUAUUAUAAGUGGAACAUCCAUGGCAUGUCCUCAUGUUGCAGGUGUAGCAGCGCUUAUAAAAGGUGUGCACCGUAAUUGGAGCCCUGCGGUUAUACGGUCGGCAAUAAUGACAUCAUCAGACAUAAUAGAUAACACUAAGGAACAUAUCAAAGACAUUGGAAAAGGUAACAAAGCAGCGACGCCUUUUGCGUUGGGUGCUGGUCAUGUUAAUCCUAAUAGAGCACUUGACCCUGGUCUUGUUUAUGAUGUUGGUGUACAAGAUUAUGUUAAUCUUCUUUGUGCACUUAAAUAUUCACAAAGAAACAUCACUACCAUUACAAGAUCCUCUUCCAAUGAUUGCUCUAAACCUUCAUUGGAUCUCAACUACCCUUCUUUUAUUGCUUUUUUCAAUGGUGGAAAUUCUUCUUCAAGGACCGUACAAGAAUUUCACAGAACAGUGACCAAUGUUGGUGAGGGACAAACAAUUUAUGUUGCUAGCAUUACUCCAAUUAAAGGGUUCCAUGUCAGUGUUAUCCCAAACAAGUUGGUGUUCAAUGAAAAGAAUGAUAAGCUAAGCUACAAGUUGAGGAUUGAAGUUGCAAGUAUGACAAAAUUAAAGAAAGUGGCUUUUGGAUAUCUAACUUGGAUGGAUGUGAAGCAUGUUGUUAGGAGUCCAAUUGUGGUCACAACCCUCAAAUUGAAAUCCUAGAUUUAUAUAUUGUUAUGAUGUUGAAUCAAGUUAAAAAUGUAAAUUAACUAAGCAAAUAUAUUUGAUAUAAAUAAUUCACUUCUUAGUUGACUAAAAUUGUUUUAUUAGUAGGAUUCAUUAUAAUGUUUUUGAGUUAUUAUUGAGUAACUAUGAUGGUUUUUAAUCACUUGCAUAAUCUUGCGUGUUCUGUUCUGAUGGUGUGGUCCAAACUCAAUAUAUGUAUAGAAAUGAAUGUGUAAUAGGAAUGGAAGGAAAGAAGUGUAAACAAAUUAAUUAAUACAAUAGAGAAUAACAGAGAUGAGUCGUUAACUAC